AUGAGCUGUAGGCCAGCCCGAGGCACAAGUGCACGCACGCACGGAACCGCACUGAACGGGCGGGCGGCGGUGGGCGACGCUGCAGUACCUCAUCCCAGCCCCGGUAGGUGGGGCGGCGCUAGACCUCGCCCUCAGUGUACGACCCUGCUCCUCCUCUUAGUUUCUCUCGGUGGCGGCAGUGUCUCUUGGAGCGUGCCGGGGCUGCGUGGGUCCAGGCUCCAGUAUCCAGCCGGCGGCGGCGGCGGCGGCGGUGGCAUGUGGCGGUCGGCAGUCGCUGUGCUCCGAGGUCUGUCGGGCUUCGGCUGGCAGCCCCUCCGGGCUGUCUCCUCGUCCCCUGUCGACGCCCAGAAGGGGGUGACGUUGAGCGUGACUCCUCCGGUGGGCCUGGCCGAUGAGCCGGUGCACAUCCAAGUGCAGGGUUUGAGCCCAGGCGAGCCUGUGACCGUGCGGGCGCUGGCCGUCAGCUACCACGGCCGCCUCUUCCAGUCGAGCGCCCACUACGAGGCCAACGGCCUCGGGGCGCUGGACCUAACCAAAGACCCCUCCCAGGGCGGUGACUACACGGGCGUGGAGCCCAUGGGACUGAUGUGGAGUCUGUCCCCGGCGGGCAUGGAGAACCCCUACAUCCGGAUGGUGCAGCGCAGCGUGCUCAAGAAGCCCCUCAAGCUCGAAGUGACGGUCCACCAGGCGCACAACCAGACGGGGCUGCUGUUGGGCCAGGUGCUGGCCUCGGCCAGGGUGGAACGCUGGUAUGCCACCCCCGAGAUCCGAGCCAUCCGGGUCCGCGAGGGUAUGGUCCGUGGGUCCUUCUUCAUGCCCCCAGGGGAUGGUCCAUUUCCUGGUGUGAUUGACAUGUUUGGUGAUGAAGGGGGACUACAUGAAUUUCGGGCUAGCCUUCUUGCUUGUCGAGGCUUUGCUACCCUAGCUUUGCCAUAUUUUGCCUUUGAAGAUCUACCUCCCAUCAUGAAAGACUUAAAUCUUGACUACUUUGCUCAGGCGGCUAAAUUUGUGCAGAAUCACCCAAAGGUCAAAGGUCCCAAAAUUGGAGUGAUUGGAUCAGGCAAAGGAGCAGAACUGGCCUUUUCAAUGGCUACCUUCCUCCCAGAUGUGGCUGCUGUGGUCAGUAUCAAUGGUUGCAUCUCCAACACAGGCACUGCUCUUCAGUGUGGCCCCGUAAUCCUACCAGGACUUCCCUUUGACCUGGAUAAAAUCACUGUCAGUUCCUCAGGAGUGUAUGAUGUUAAAGAAGCCCUUGUAGACCCCUUGGAUCCUGCUUAUGGAGACAGCCUUAUCCCCAUAGAAAAAGCUAACUCUCACUUCCUUUUUGUGGUUGGAGAGGAUGACAAGCAAUGGAAUAGCUCUUUGUAUGCGGACCUGGCAAUUAAGCGAUUAGAGGAGCAUGGAAAAAAAAAUUACACUCUUCUGAGUUAUCCCAAUGCAGGUCAUAGAAUUGAUCCACCCAAUAGCCCAUUUUUUCCAGUUGCCUUGGAUCGGUGGCUGGGGGUCCCUAUUCUGGGUGGGGGUCAGUGCAGAGCCCAUGCCAUUGCUCAGGAGGAAUCUUGGAAGAAGAUCUUAGAGUUUCUGAAGAUGCAUUUAAAAUGAAGGUUAUAGAACUAUAAGAUUGGGUUGGAGUGAUUACUCAAACAAUGCAACAAAUUGAUUUCAAAAAAAGUUAAAGGCUUGAAUCUGCAUAGCUUUGUAACAUGAAAAUUGAGAUCUCAUAUCCAUCUAGAUAUUGGGUUGGGGAUGUAAAAUUACCAAGGAAAUAGUAAUUUUUUUUUCAGUAGCAAUUCAAGGAAACGAUAAGAAGGGUCAGAUUAUAUUUCAAUUUUGUGUUUAUCAGAACCUGUCAUUCUUACACUGUCUAAUAAAAUAAGAUUUUAGAUUGACUCUGCAAAACUUUGCCAGCCAAAGGUAGAGGCUUAAGCAAUAAAGGGGAAGAUAAUUACUAAAUGAAAGAACAAAAAUAUUUUUUAUUAUGGCCCCUUUUGGUGUUAAAAAUCAAUUUGUAUGCAGGUGGCUAGUCUACCUUUUGUUUUACCAUGCUCUUUUAUACUCAUAGAAAAGCAUUUCUGUCACAGAAAUAUUUGUAAAUUUUUUUCUGACCAGGGGUUUAUACUUUUGAAUAUGAUCUUAUUAUUGAUUACUCACCCUUGGGUUUUUGAUAAGGAAUUUUACUUAGUGAUGAAAAGAUCACCAUGAAGCUGUAAGACUAGCUUCACUGACCUUGGGGUUUGUGGUCGCCACCUUUUUAAGGGUCAGCAAAGAUUUCACCAUGAAAUAAAUUCCUAUUUAGAAAAUCUAAGUGUCUCUCCAGCAAACAGCAGUCAAAUUCUGAGAAUGGGUUUCAGUAUUUGCAGCAUCAUUUUCCCCCUUCUAUUUUUGUUUAUUAUACUUUAUUUAUAUAUACUUGAAGUUUCAAAAAAGUAUUCUAAAGUCAGAUUGUCCUCCAAAGCAAACAACUGUAGAAUAGAAAUUGCACUUUUCUAAUGGGUGGCCAGAAUCCUUCCUCCACUACUCUAGAAAACUAAAAUUUAUUCAUGAAGGAGGGAUUCUUCUUCUCCUAAAUCACCAAUGAUUUUUUUGAGUGUGUGUUUUGGGUUGGAGGAUAUUAAAAGUUUUUGGUUUUGUUUUCAUUUAAGCUUUUUUCCAUGAUGUACACAUAUAAUUCAUUGGGGGUUGAGGGAAUGGGAGGAUUUGUGACUGAGUUUUUAUAUAUUGUUUGGCCAAUAGGUAGCCCUUUGGAUUCAGAACUACCCUUAUAACUCCAAGAUUAGUCAUUGUUAUAACACUCUUUAUAACAUUACCAUUUCUAAAUUAAAGUCACACUUUGAAACAUAUGAUGUUAGAGAAACCUCAGUAAAUUGAGUAUGUGCUGCCCUUUCUUGGGGCUAUUCAUGUAAGAAUUAGAAAAGUGGCAAGUUGGCUAUUUUGAAAUCUUUUCUAAAACCAACAAUAAGGGAAAAUGUGCCUUUAAAAAACCAAAAGCCAUAUAAUCUGAGGUUAACAUUUGACGUUUGAUUCACUGUGCAUUCUAAUGUCAUUUGAAUGAAUUUGACUGUUUAAGUAAUCUAAAAGGGCAUUAGUCUCAAGGCCAGGUUUUUCGUUGUGCUUUGAUGUGUGUUUUAAAUAAAGCAUGUCAAAUCAGUAUUUUGUCUCUAAUCGGGCUGUUAGACUUGAUAAAUACCUCUCUCCCCUCUCUUAUCCAAACUAUGCACUUAUUUAAAAACAACAGAAAUACUCGUAUUUAUUUAUAGUUAACAUUUUCUAAUUGUUUGUGUCCAUUUUCAGCCAUAAGAUGCUACUUUGUGAAUUCUUUUGUAUAUUGAUUUUUGUUCUGGAUUUUUAGAAUCUAAAUCUUUCUUGGCACAUUCUAUUUACUGUUUUCCUUUUUUUUAGGUUGUUUAGGUAGAAAUAGAGUUAUUUGACUUUAAAUGUUAUUUAUUAGACUGUUUAAAAAAUUAUACACAAGGAUAACUUCAUGCUGUGGAAUUGUUUAUUUAUCAUAAGAGUUUAAAGAACAGCAUAACUUUUUUUUUCCUUAAAAGUUCUUAAAUUUUGAAAUCAGAAAGGUUGAUCUAAAAUGUGUGUAAAGGAUGUUGUUAAAUUAAUUUUCAAAGACAAAUAAAUUUCUGAAGAACAUGCA